AUGGAGGCGAGGAAUCGUUCGUCAAUCGUCAUUCUUCUCAUCUUGAUCGUGUUCGCCUCCGUCUUCUUCCUCACCUUCCCUUCUUCCGGCCUUCCGUGGGCGACGCGCUCGGUCGAAUGUCCGAAGGUUCUGCCCUACAGCUACGACCACUACUCUGGGCUUGACGGUAGACAGAACUCCUCCGGUUCGCCGCCAUGCCGCGGCAGAGCCAACCUUCUCCAGCACUCGACCGACACCAGCCAGAGCGGGCGAUUGAUCCACGGACCCUGCCAGCGCUCUCGCGUCAAGAUAUUGACGUCGUGCGAUCCGUCGACCGAGCACAAGGACGUGAGUAUCAAGAACAAGGUGCUCUACGCCAAGCUGCAGCAGUACGACUUUGAGUGGUGGGUGGCGGCCUACCAGGCGCCGGCCGGCCAGAAGCCGCGCCCGCCCAUCUGGACCAAGACCGCGCUGCUCCUCGAGGCCCUCGGCGACCGCGCUGAGGGCGAUAGCCCCUACGACUGGCUGAUCUGGCUUGACUGCGAUUCGGUAGUGGCCAGAUACGACAUGACGAUCGAAGAUAUCGCUGGGGAGGAACUGAACAACCCCGCGAAAGACAUCUUCAUCACCAAAGACGCCCACGGGUGGAACUCGGGCAUCGUGGUGCUGCGCGUUUCCGAAUGGAAUCUGGCCCUGUUCCGCCGCAUCUGGGCGUCGGAGCAGUACAUCGACGACGUGUGGGCCGAGCAGCGCGCCCUCCACCAUUUUUACAACACCGAAGCCGAUGUGCGAGACCGAUUCGUCGACGUGCCGCAGGAGAGGAUGCAGUACGUGCGCGGGGCGCCGCGCCACAAGGUAUCCGAGGCCGAGGAGAUGGACCAGUUCGUGGUCCAUUUCGCCGGCGCCAUCGGCCACAAGGACAGGCUCAUGGCCGAGUACUACGCCAAGAUCCAGCAAAGCGGCGCCUGGAUGAAGCGAUGA